UUUGAACCUCCACAAGGGGGUGUCUCUUCACGAGGCAAAACAAUUUUCUUAACCAAAAAAGGAAAAACAGUUACUCACAUUUUCCUCUCUUUUGAAAAUUCUCUUCUUCAACACUUAAACCCUUUUCACAACCUCUAAUCCCACAUUCCCACUCCUAAACAUCUCUAUAAAUAUCAACAGAAGAUUUCUCCGUUUACAAUCAAGAAAUGAGUUUGUUUAGAAUUUCAUCACUAGUUAUGGGUACAUGGGUUAUGUUGUUGUUUGUGUUUUAUGUUUCAUUUGGCGUAGCGUCGGGUGAUGAUAAUGAUUUAGACAGAAAAUCACUAUGUGGUGAUUCUUCAAGUAUUGAACUAAGAAACAAUGUUACUAGAGAUCUUUACUGUAUUGAAAGAGAACUAAAGAUUUUAAGUUUAGAAAAUGAAUUAGUUGAUGAUAAUGAAGAACUUGAUCAGUUUCCUUUGAUCUUGCAUACAUUUUUAUCGUCAAAUUAUGCAGAAGCUGAGAGCCGCUUACAGAGUUUAAUUCCGUUCCUGUCGGAAUAUUCAACCAACGGCACCACAAAUUCUGAGGAUUACAUCCCUGAAGCAAUGGUAGAUUUCUGUAAGCGCGCGAUAAUGCUGUCAGAACGUGCACUUGUACUGAUAAGACAAUUAAUCCGCUGCAGCAGGGACACGAAUUCUACCAGUUAUCCGCAAAAGCCAUUUCCAGACACUUCAUCCAAUUCGUCCGGGAAAGGCAGCCCGAUAUGUGAUGUUGAUGGUACCAAAUGUCAAUACUCAAAAUGUGCCAAAGGCAACAAACUCCCAGUCUGCGCUGUUGGUUUUGCUACUGGGGUGACUGGCGGUGCAAAUGGGAGAUACUACGUCGUGACGCGUUCCGAUGACAGUAAUCCGAAAAAUCCAGCACCAGGAACUCUUCGACACGCAGUGGAUUUCGGUGGGGAAAACAAAGGUGGUGUUUGGAUAGUGUUUAAACGUAGCAUGGAGAUCAAGCUGAAGGAGAAGUUAUGGAUCAAUUCACACACAACAAUUGAUGGAAGAGGAGCAAAUAUAACCAUUUGGCAUAGGGGACUUGCACUGGCAAGAGUGGAAAACAUUAUUCUGCAUAAUUUCGAAAUCGUUUCGACUGGCCAGAGCGAUACGGUUCAUGUUUUUGAUGGGACUCACCGAGUAUGGAUCGAUCAUUUGACAUCAAGAGAUGCAUAUUUAGGACUGGUUACAGUUCUUCAAGGAUCAACUGACGUUACAAUAUCGAAUUGUUUCUUGUCCAACCAUAAUUUCAAUAUGUUAUUGGGAGCUUCGGAUCAAGAUACUGUUGAUCAAAUUCUCAGGGUUACGGUAUAUCGAAACUGGUUUGAAUCGUCUAACCAGAGGAUGCCCCAUUGCAGGUGGGGUUAUUGCCAUGUAGUGAAUAACUACUACAGAGACUGGAACUACUAUGCAAUAGGAGGAAGAGUUCAUGCCAAGAUUUUGUCAGAACUCAACGUAUUCGAGCCGGGGAAAAGACUAGAGGUUACUCCAUGGCAUGACCUGUUUACCUCCGACUUAACCCCGACUAUCGAGUCAUCCCAAGACUUGCUGCUUAAAGGUGCAACAUUUCAUCAGUUCUUAGCCUACGGCACGUUGAGCUCACCCGAGAGCGAAUAUCCAUCUUAUCGACUUCCAACCAGACCUGCAAACACUUCGACAGGCUUGGUGAUUAAUUGUUCAGGUGUUCUGUUCGGAGAGAAACGUAAACAUUGUAUGUCCACACCCUAAAUUGAACAACUAUAAGAUCUCAAAAUGAACUUGCUUUAUAUAUAAAGGUUUUGGAUUUUGUAUUGUAAUUCAGAUUACUCUUUUGGAUAUUGUAAGCACAUAGCGAACUAUUAUUUCGCCUUUUAUCAAAGUUUAUUGCA